CCAGCUGUCCUGGAACUUACUCUGUAGACCAGGUUGGCCUCGAAUUCAGAAAUCCUUGGCAACUGACUUCUAGAUUCUUGGGUAAGGCUAGGGUGGUGUGGCAAGCUACUGAGGAGCACUUUUAGCAAUUGAGUUGAAUAUCUGUCUUCUUUCUGUGCGAGGCUGAUUUUUCUCUAGCUACUAAGGCUGGCAGGUUUUCAAAAGCUCAGAAGAGAUUCCUGGGAUUGGAGUGUAGCUCAAAGGUCUAGUGCAUGCUUAGCAUGCAUAAGGCCUUGGAUCUGCUCCCCAGCAUAAGGGGGGGGGGGGAGGAAGAAAGAUUCUUCAGGGAUCGGGAAGUCUUUUAACUCUUUUACAGAGUUGAGACUUGAAAUCCAUAAAUUAUUAAACAAUUUUGAAGAGGCCUGAUGGAUCUUAGACUUGAGCCAGGCUCAGGAACUCAUCCCUAAGUUAGCAGGGGAGGGAAGGAAUUCAGUGGGCCGCAUGAGAGCCAGGAAGUAGUGUAGACUCAAAACAACAACAGCUUUGUUCCCUGGAGACCUCAGGCCUGUUAGUGUUUUAAAACAAAACCAAAACAAUAACAAGACAAAAAACAAAACAGAACAAAAAAUCCAAAACCCAAAAACAACAACAACAACAACAAACUGGAUAAAGAUUCAGAAAAGCAACUAAACCCGUAACGAAUUGGAACAGACACAACAGUCAUUUCUACAGCCUCUCAAUGGAUCCUGUCAGGCCAUUGUUCAGGGGGCCCACUCCAGUCCACCCAUCUCAAUGUGUUCGGAUGCCAGGCUGUUGGCCGCAAGCUCCUAGACCUUUGGAACCAGCUUGGGGCCGGGCGGGUCCUACAGGCAGAGGCCUUGUGUUUAGAAAGCCAGAGGAGUCCAGCCCACCACUCCAGCCAGUACAAAAGGAGUCUGUGGGUUUGGUGUCCAUGUUCCGUGGCAUGGGCCUUGACACAACGUUCCGGGCUCCUUCAAAACGAGAAGUGCCUCCUUUAGGCAGAGGAGUUCUAGGCCGAGGCUUGUCUGCUAACAUGGUCCGCAAGGACAGAGAAGAACCCCGUUCCUCUUUGCCUGAUCCUUCGGUGCUGGCAGCUGGGGACAGCAAGCUGGCAGAGGCUUCUGUUGGUUGGAGUAGAAUGCUGGGAAGAGGUAGUUCUGAUGUCUCUUUGUUACCUCUGGGAAGAGCAGCCAGUAGUAUAGGCAGAGGUGUGGACAAACCUCCCAGUGCCUUUGGCCUUACAGCUCGGGAUGCCCCACGGCUGCCACAGCCUCCAACUCUGUCUCCAACUUCACUGCACUCUGCCGACCCCCCUCCAGUCCUGACUAUGGAACGAAAGGAAAAAGAGCUUUUGGUCAAGCAAGGAUCAAAAGGAACACCUCAGUCUUUGGGACUGAACCUCAUCAAAAUCCAGUGUCAUAAUGAAGCAGUUUAUCAGUAUCAUGUGACUUUCAGCCCCAAUGUGGAGUGCAAAAGCAUGAGGUUUGGCAUGUUGAAGGACCACCAGUCUGUCACUGGAAACGUCACUGCUUUUGAUGGCUCUAUUCUUUAUCUUCCUGUUAAGCUUCAACAAGUUGUUGAGUUAAAAAGCCAGAGAAAAACUGACGAUGCCGAGAUCAGUAUCAAGAUUCAGCUGACGAAGAUCCUGGAACCGUGUUCUGACUUGUGCAUUCCCUUUUACAAUGUUGUCUUCCGGCGGGUAAUGAAACUUUUGGAUAUGAAGCUUGUGGGGAGAAACUUCUAUGACCCUACAAGUGCCAUGGUACUGCAGCAACACAGAUUGCAGAUCUGGCCUGGCUAUGCGGCUAGUAUCCGGAGGACAGAUGGGGGUCUCUUCCUGCUCGCUGAUGUCUCUCAUAAGGUCAUUCGGAAUGACUCUGUGCUGGAUGUCAUGCACGCUAUCUACCAGCAGAACAAGGAGCACUUCCAGGACGAGUGCAGCAAGCUUCUGGUUGGCAGCAUUGUCAUCACACGCUACAACAAUCGUACCUACCGAAUCGACGAUGUGGACUGGAACAAGACCCCUAAAGACAGCUUUGUAAUGUCGGAUGGGAAGGAAAUCACAUUCCUAGAGUACUACAGCAAAAACUACGGGAUCACAGUUAAGGAAGAUGACCAGCCUCUGCUCAUCCACCGGCCCAGUGAGAGACAGAGUAACCAUGGCACAUUGCUGAAGGGUGAGAUCCUGCUGCUGCCUGAGCUCUCUUUCAUGACGGGGAUCCCUGAGAAGAUGAAGAAGGACUUCAGGGCCAUGAAGGACUUGACUCAGCAGAUUAACCUGAGCCCCAAACAGCACCACAGUGCUUUGGAAUGCCUGCUGCAAAGAAUUUCACAAAAUGAGACAGCCAACAAUGAGCUGACCCGCUGGGGGCUCAGUCUGCAAAAAGAUGUCCACAAGAUUGAAGGUCGUCUUCUACCAAUGGAGAGGAUUAACUUAAGGAACACUUCAUUUGUCACAUCGGAGGACCUGAACUGGGUUAAGGAAGUGACCAGAGAUGCUUCCAUCCUGACUAUUCCCAUGCAUUUCUGGGCACUCUUUUAUCCAAAGAGAGCAAUGGACCAAGCCAGAGAACUGGUUAACAUGUUGGAAAAGAUAGCUGGGCCCAUUGGCAUGCGCAUAAGCCCCCCAGCCUGGGUUGAACUGAAGGAUGACCGAAUAGAGACCUAUAUCAGGACCAUUCAGUCCUUACUGGGAGUUGAGGGGAAGAUACAAAUGGUUGUUUGCAUCAUCAUGGGCACACGUGAUGAUCUCUAUGGAGCCAUCAAGAAGCUGUGCUGUGUGCAGUCCCCAGUUCCCUCACAGGUCAUCAAUGUCCGAACCAUUGGUCAACCCACCAGGCUUCGGAGCGUGGUUCAGAAAAUUUUACUUCAGAUGAAUUGUAAGCUGGGUGGUGAGCUCUGGGGAGUGGAUAUUCCGCUGAAACAAUUAAUGGUGAUUGGAAUGGAUGUGUACCAUGACCCCAGCAGAGGCAUGCGUUCUGUGGUCGGCUUUGUUGCCAGCAUAAAUCUCACACUCACCAAAUGGUACUCGAGGGUGGUGUUCCAGAUGCCACAUCAGGAGAUUGUGGACAGCCUGAAGCUCUGCCUGGUGGGUUCCUUGAAAAAGUAUUAUGAGGUGAACCAUUGUCUCCCAGAGAAGAUUGUAGUGUACCGAGAUGGAGUGUCUGAUGGCCAGCUAAAGACAGUUGCCAACUAUGAGAUCCCUCAGCUGCAGAAGUGCUUUGAAGCCUUUGAGAACUACCACCCCAAGAUGGUGGUGUUUGUAGUUCAGAAGAAAAUCAGCACCAAUCUGUACCUUGCUGCUCCUGAUCACUUUGUAACCCCUUCCCCUGGGACUGUGGUUGAUCAUACCAUAACCAGCUGUGAGUGGGUGGAUUUCUACCUUCUUGCCCAUCAUGUGCGACAGGGCUGUGGCAUACCUACACACUACAUCUGUGUUCUGAACACUGCAAAUCUGAGCCCUGAUCACAUGCAGAGGCUGACUUUCAAAUUAUGCCACAUGUACUGGAAUUGGCCUGGUACCAUCCGAGUUCCAGCUCCUUGCAAGUAUGCCCACAAGCUAGCUUUCCUGUCCGGACAGAUUUUGCAUCAUGAGCCAGCCAUCCAGCUGUGUGAGAACCUGUUCUUCCUGUAACUGGGAACUUGGACACUGGCUGCAAAGAGCAACUGGACUCCAGCUCAGCUCAUUCUUACAGAAUCAACAGAAAUGGCAGUGGAAUUUUAUGUUUGCAUUUUCUCUUUCUCCAUCCUUGUAGAAUUGGAUUUCUGUUCUUCUUUUAACCCUGAUAUUAUAGUAGAGCAUUGUGGUACAUGCCUGUUAUCCCAGCACUUGGGAGACUGAAGCAGAAGGAUCUUUAGUUCAAGGCCAGUCUGGACUACAUGGUGAGUUCCAGGCUAGCCAAGAUUACAGAGUGAGACCCUGUCUCAAAAAACAAAAACAAGCCACUAUCCCCUUAAAGCCCACGACAAAACCAAAGCCUGGUGUCAAGGAAGCAAGUUUCUAAGUAGCCGCUGCCAGCUGCCUUGAUGGAGCAGGGUGCUGUCAGCAGUGCUGCUCCUCUGCUGAGCAUGGCGCUACGGACAGGGAAAUGAUGACAUGUUCUUAGCAUGUCAAAUCCUCCUACCAAAUAAGUCAAGAAAGUAAAAAAAUAGCCCCCAAGGCAGCAUGAGCAUCAGUUCCCAGAGGUUAUGCCUACAGAACGGACUAUCCUAUUUUUGGUGCCAUACGUGAUAUGAAGUCAUUGCAGACAUCUUAAAAGAGAGAGUUACUGUGCAGCAUAGUGUUUCAGAGAAAGCAGCUGUCUGCAUGUGUGAAAGACAUGUAGUAAAACCAGUGUAAGGUAUAGUCAGAUGUGUGAACCCACUUGACCCUGGGCUAUGAGUUUGGCCAUCCCUUGGCUUCCCGCGAGUCUAGCUGGAGCUGCUUUUCUGGAUCUUUCAGUUAUUGACAGCCAUCAGACUGCUUUCCUGAAGCCUAACUAACACAUUCAUGUGCACACACACACUUUUGUUCUUUGUGACUAAUCUUGAAUACAUUGAAUUAGAACACAUGGAAAGGAUUCAGCAGACCUAGGAACAUUCUGGAUGGAGUGUAGGUUUUUUUCUCAAAAGUCUGUAAGUGAGGUUAUACAAGAGUCUUUUCCAGCUGUGGGCUGGUAUUGCUUGGAAAUUUUCAAAAUCCCAAAGUUUCAGGCUUCCCAAAGUUGGCUUGGACAAAAGUGAUACUCUCACCCUAGUCUAGACAUGUGGGGAACUUCCCUAGGGCCUCUGGGCUUCAGUAUUUGGGGGAAGCACUGGUUUUCUGUGUUAUUUUUUUCCUUCUGUUUCAGAAUCUUCAAGUUUCUUCAGGCUUAAAUGGAUCAUCCCUUGCUUUACUGGGUUUUAAAAGCUAAUUUUACUUAACCUUUUCAAAUUUGUAUGUAUCUAUUUGUGUUUUGGUGUGGUGGAUGGAUGGCAGCAGACUGAGCAGAAGUACUCAAUUUAAAUAACAGUGUGCUAGGAGAGCCUCAGUGUGCAAUCCUGAAGCGAGGGGGGGGGGGGGGGGGGGGGGGGAGCUGUAGGAGUCAGUGUCAGCCCUCACCAAGCCAGGCCAGGCCCUGGGCUUGAAACAACACCAGGAAAGCCUUUUGUUCGGUGUAGCACCCAGAGGUUGGCGAGGGUUUAUAAGGGUUAGGGUCCUCAAAUACAACCCUGGCUUUUGGAGUCUAUGAUCAAGGUCAGGCUGAGACCUGAAAUGUAAAAGCCAUAGAAUUAAACAGAACAGACUGAAAAACCAAGUCUUUAAGUUGAACGCAUUCCACUUUCUGGAUUUCUCUGGAAGUAUUUUGAGUUUGUCUUUAGAAGUUGCUGUUUCUAGCACUCCUUUUCUCUUUAGUUAGAACUGAUACUUGACCAUAAUACCAGAAUAUACUUUCUAGACCUGAUGGCCUUGCCUUGUUUUACAGUUUCAGGGCCAAGCAGAUGGGCCCUAUGGUAUACAAUAAAAGCAAUAUAUGUGUA